AUGAAAGUCGACCAGCAUUCCUCGGAAUAUGAGGAGGUGUAUCCCCUACACAAGCUUGACGACAUCGAGGGAUUUCGCAAUAAUGUCAUAUGGAUGGUGCGAUUUAAUGAUGUGCUUGACGCGGAGAAGUUGGCCGACUCAUUAUCAAGGCUGUUGGAGAUCGGAGAUUGGAAAAAACUCGGUGGACAAUUGAGGUUCAAGGCGGAUGGAAAACUGGAAGUUCACUUCCAAAAGUCAUCGACGCCUGGCUCACGAAAUGUAUUUUUCACCCACGAUUCUUACGAGAUGCGAAUUCAAGACCAUCAUGUGGCUCGUCGGUUACCAAAUGCGACAGAUGGACCAUCGACUCACCUUAUUUCCGAGGACUUUCGGCCUUUUAUCGCUCGCCCGAAUUUUCCGACCUUUGAGCAAUCGGUACGACAAAAUGAGCCUCAAAUUUCGCUCCAUGUCACCUCUUUCAAAGAUGCGACGCUCGUCGCUCUUUCAUGGCCGCAUGUGUUGAUGGAUGCAUCGGCGGGAAAGGCCCUCUUGUCUGGGUGGUCGGCAGUAUUAGCGGGGCGUGAAGGUGAUGUUCCUGUGGUAAUAGGUGCACGAGAUGACAUUCUCUUGCAAGCGGCGAUGGAAGACAAGGCGGUGACUAGCAAGGAGUUCAAGCUUGAAAAGAAUCGGCUAACUGGAGUCAAGCUGCUUGUCUUUUCAUUGCGAUGUUUGUGGGACAAGUUUUGGAAUCCUCCUCGACAACAGCGAACGGUGUUCAUACCCGGAGCUGUUCUCGACAAGCUCAAAGCGGAUGUCCGCCAAGAGAUCACAGAAGAAAGCCAGAGCAGCCAGAAUGUGCCUUUCGUCAGUGAAGGCGACAUAUUGAUAUCAUGGAUCUGUCAAGCAGCCGCAUCUACCAUGUCGAAACCUCGCCCACUGGCUAUCAUGAGCUUCCUCGACGUUCGUUCUCGGAUCCCUGAGAUACGCAAAUCGGCAGGGGUAUUCUUACAAAACAUGGUCCUUUCGACUUACGCGUUCAUUUCCCCUCAGACUGCCACAAGCUCUAUUGGAGCUGUUGCAGUGAGCCAUCGCCAACAUUUCGCCGAGCAAUCGACCGACGCACAAACUCUCUCCUUUUUGAAGAGUGUUUAUCGAGAUAUCGACGCAACGAAGAAGCCUAGACUCAUUUUCGGCGAGCCAAAUUCCGUGCCAUUCUUGAUCAACAACGUGAGCAAGGCAGAGUUGAUUAAACUUGUUGAUUUUAGCCCAGCUGUUCUUCGUCAAGGUGAGAGCUUAGAGACCAGGAAAAACCCUAUUGGAACUAUGGUCACGUACUGGAAUGAAGGGCUUGAGCGAGGCUGGAGUGGUUUCAAUGUUUGUUGGAUGCAAGGAAGAGACCACGAUGGGAAUUUUUGGAUGAUGGCAAACCUUCUGCCUCGGACAUGGGCGAAAUUGGAGGAGGAUUUACGGCGAUUGCAUGAGGAAAAUCUUUUGGAUUCAGGCAAGGAAAGUUUCUGA